UCUACGCUACGGACAGCACGCCGGAGAGCGGCGGUUCACGGUGCGGCGAAGGAAAAUGAGAUAACAGUCCGGAUAUAUGGCCAAGUUUAAGAUGAAAAUCUGUCAGCUAUGGCUGCUUUUUGUUUUGUUUCUUCCUUUAUCGGGUGUUUUAUGUUUCAGCGAGUUGUCGUUCAUCACAGAGCCCAGUGAUGUGACUUUACUACCAAAGGACCCUGCUGUCUUGGACUGUCAGGCUCAUGGGCAGCCUCCAGUCACCAUCAAGUGGCUCAAGAAUGGAGUUCGGUUGGCAGAAAGCGAGCACAUACAUUUUCUGCCAAACGGCUCCUUGUACAUACCAAAGGUAAAGCAAACCAAUGAGGAUUCAGAUGAAGGAUUCUAUCAGUGCCUCUCCCAGAAUAAAUAUGGAGCUAUCCUAAGCCAAAGAUCACGUCUGACUAUCGCAAGUAUCUCAGAGUUUGUCUUGCAUCCUGUGCCUGUGGCGGUGACUGAGGGGUCAGUAGCACGAUUCUCCUGUGCAGUCACCGCCAACCCUCCUGCCACCAUCACCUGGGAGCUCAACCAAAGCACAUUACCACUACAGACAGACAGAAUCACAGUUUUGCCCAAUGGAGUUUUGCAAAUUCACAAUGUGCAGUUGGAAGAUGCCGGACAAUAUCGAUGUGUGGCAACUAACAUUGGAAGCCGCUUGAAGAGCAGAGAAGCCACGUUGACCGUCAACCAAGGUACAGGCCCUAAACCACGUCAGAGGCCUCGAAUCAUUGCUGGACCUCAGAAUGUCACAGUCUCUCGUCACCAAACUGUGGUUCUGGAGUGUGUGGCCACAGGAAACCCCUGCCCCAUAAUCUCCUGGAGCCGCGCCGACAGCAAACCCAUUGAUGUGUACAAAGCUAAAGUGCUGGGUAAUGGGAACCUGGUUAUUGCUGACGUCAAUUCCAAGCACAGUGGAAUUUACCUCUGCAGAGCCACCACUCCUGGAACCCGCAACUACACCAUCUCUGCAGCCAACAUCACAGUUCUAGAGCCACCAAACAUUGUGGAGAGGCCUGAGAGCCAGACUCGUCCAAGAGCAGGUACGGCUAGGUUUAUGUGCCAAGCAGAGGGAGUUCCCUCACCACACAUCAGCUGGCUAAAAAAUGGAGAAGAGGUUCACUUAAAUGGAAGGAUUAAAAUGUAUAACAGUAAACUGGUUAUUACCCAGAUCAUUCCUGAGGAUGAUGCCAUCUAUCAGUGCAUGGCAGAGAGUGAACAGGGCUCUGUGCUGUCCUUGGCUCGCCUUAUUGUUGUCAUGUCUGAGGACAGGCCCAGUGCACCAAGAAAUGUCCACGCUGAGACCAUCUCGAGCUCUGCUAUCUUACUGGCCUGGGAGAGACCACUCUACAAUGCAGACAAAGUCAUUGCCUACUCCAUACAUUACAUGAAAGCAGAAGGGCUAAACAACGAAGAAUACCAAGUUGUUAUUGGCAAUGACACAACCAGUUAUAUCAUCGAUGACCUUGAAUCAGCUCGAAACUACAGCUUCUACAUUGUGGCUUAUAUGCCAAUGGGAGCCAGUCGUAUGUCGGACCAAGUCAGUCAACAUACCCUGGAGGAUGUGCCUUUACGAACCCCAGAGCUGACUCUUACCAGCCACAGCCCAACUGAUAUCCAGGUGAGCUGGCAGCCACUGCCAGCCAAGGUGAGCCGUGGUCAGGUGUCUGCAUACAGACUAUCAUAUCGUUCAGCUGCAGACAACAGCGUCAUCUCUGUGGAGCUACUGCAGAACAGCACCAAAUAUCUGCUGGAGAGCCUGCAGCCUGACACCAUCUACCUACUGCGUAUGGCUGCAGCCACCCGUGUGGGCUGGUGUGAGCCUUCAGCCUGGACCUCACAUCGCACACCCAAGGCCUCCAGCAACAAAGUGCCUUCAGCCCCUGUUCUUCAACUUGAGCCGCUUAACUGCAACUCCAUUGUGGCUCGCUGGCAAACCUCUGCAGACUCUGUGGUUGUCCAGGGUUACCGGCUGUGUUACCAUGAAGAGGGUCAACCAGAGCAGCCCAACAUUCAACUGCAGGCUCAAAUCAACACCUACACCAUCAGUGGCCUUGAUCCAAGGAGAAAAUAUCACAUCAAGAUUCUGGCUGUCAGUCAAGCUGGAGAUGGAUAUCAGACAGACCAAACAGUUAGCACUCCAGGAUGUGUGUCGGCUAGAGAUCAACUGGCAGCUGCUCUUCCACCUCCAGAUCAAGUGACUGUCUUGGCGAACAAUUCGUCUGCAGUAUCCCUGCGAUGGAGCCGUCCUGCUUUCCUCUCAGGAAAGGCUGUUAGCUAUACAGUCCGCUGUACACCUGUGGGCACACACAACUCCUCCGCUAUACGCUACAUACAAACGACCAAACAGAGUGUGGUGGUUCAGAAUUUGGAUUCAAACACUCGCUAUGAGUUUGUCGUGCGUCUCCAUGUCGACCAGAUGUCGAGUCCCUGGAGUUCAGUUGUUUACCAUCGAACCCUGCCUGCAGCACCAAGCCAACCACCUGCAGGAGUGCGAGUAACGCUGAUCGAGGAUGACACUGCUCUGGUGUCCUGGAGGGAGCCCACAGAGCCCAAUGUGAUUGUUACACAUUACACCAUCAUGUAUGCUUCCCAGAAAGCCUGGAUGGCAGGACACUGGCAAAUACUGCAGAGGGAGGGGAGCCACACAAUGGCCUUGCUGGAGAAGCUGGAGCCAGGUAACGUCUACCUGGUGAAGAUCUCUGCCUCCAAUCAGGUUGGUGUCGGGCCUUUCUCUAACAUUGUCGAGCUGCCACUGAAGUGGGGAAACAAUCACCGCAGCAAGAACCCCCGCCACUCUGACAGCUUCCCAGACACAACAG